AUGGCGACGAAACCCUCACCAACCCCAACCCCAACACCAGGAACGUCAAUAGGAGCAGGAGCAGCAGCAGCAGCAGCAGCGGGGGCAUCGGGACGAGUCGUCAUCACCAGAGGCACGGAAAAACCGCAGAACGGGGUAAUUGGGAUUAAGCGGACGAGGAACGGCGACUACAAAGAGGGCCGGAACGCGAAGAGCCGGCCGAGGUCGUCGCUAGCCAAGAGCAUGGAGCCGCCGGUGCUCUCGUUCUACGGGACGCAGCCGCUGCCGCUGCCGUCGCGGUUCGGCAGCCUGAAGAAGCGGCUCGUCGCCGGCCACGAGGCCGCGCUGGAGGCGUCGUGGGCGCGGCUGCUGGCGGCGCUGCGCGACGAGAUCCGGUACAUCGACGCGCACGGGUCCGGGCUGAUCCCGGCGAUCGACUUCGGCGACAUCGGCGACGCCGCCGCGGUCGCGCCCUUCGCCGCCCAGCUCCAGCGCCACGGCAUCGGCGUCAUCCGCCGCGUCGUCCCCGCCGCCGACGCCGCCCGCUGGGUCGACGAGACCAGGGCCUACCUCGAGACCAAGCACGAGUACAAGCCGCCCCCCGCCCAGGACCCGACCUGCUACGACUUCUUCUGGACCCCCGCCCAGGUCCGCUCCCGCGCCCACCCCAACGUCCUCCGGGCCCAGCGCUUCGCCAUGUCCCUCUGGAACACCAGCAACGAGGACCGCCUCGCCACCCGCUUCCCCAUCACCUACGCCGACCGCAUCCGCAUCGAGUCCUUCGCCAACGGCCACCUCACCGUCAACGGGCUCGCCGCCACCGCCGCCGCCGCCCAGUCCACGCCCGAGGACAGCCUGAUCGCCGCCGCCGCCGCCGCCGCCGCGUCCUCGGCGCAGAUCGCGCAGGUCGACAACGGCAGCCUCGAGCGGUGGGAGCAGGACGGGUACGGGCGCGGCGGGCUCUACGACGCCAUCUUCCGCGGCGACUGGGAGGCCGCGACGUCGGACCUGUACAACGGGGCGGGGGCGUGCUCGAUGCUGCGGCUGUUCCAGGGGAUCCUGGCGCUGACGGUGGUGGAGCCGGGCAUGAUCCGGCUGCUGCCGUCGCCGAAGCUGUCGACGGCGUACUUCCUGCUGCGGCCCUUCUUCGCGCCCAAGACGGGCCCGCCGCCGCCCGCGCCCGCCGGCGACGACGCCGCCUGGGCCGCCUACCUCGACGCGUCCAACUGGGCGCUCGAGCGCGAGCCCUCGACCGUCAUCCACGGCGCCGUCCCCGGCCACGCCCAGCGCCUCGACAAGAGCCUCAUCACCCCGCCCACCCUCCAGGUCGGCGACUACAUCCUCUGGCACCCCGACCAGGCCUACCAGUUCUCCAACACCAACUACAUCAGCAGCCAGCCGCCGGCGGCAGCGCCGGGCGCGCCCCCCACCACCACCACCACCACUACUACUACUACUACUACUACUAGCGAGACCACCUCGAUGCUCGUCUACACACCCGCCGCGCCGCUGACCCAGACCAACGCGCUGUUCCUCGCGCGGCAGCGCAAGGCGUUCCUGCGCGGGCACCCGGGGCCGGACUUCGACUCGACGGGGACGGGGCUGGGCAGCGAGGCGCCGCACACGGGGCGGCUGGGGGAGAAGGAGAUCGGGGAGGUGGGCGGCGAGGAGGGGCUGCAGGCGAUGGGUCUGGCGCCGUGGAGCCUGCGCCGCGGCAAGCACUCGUCGACGCAGGCGUCGCCGGACAACAACAACAACACCAAGAAGAAGAAGCAGAAGAAGGCCGAGGAGGAGGGCGACGGCGACGCAGACGUCGACAUGGACGCGCCGCGCAGCCGCAGCCGCAGCGCGAGCAGCAGCAGCCGCAGCAGCAGCACGCAGGCGGAAGCCGAGGUCGUGCGGCUCGCCAACAUCAUCCUGUUCCCGGACCGCCCGGCGGGGGCGGGGGCCGCGGGGGCCGCUAGCGGCAGCGGCAGCAGCAGCAGCAGCAGCAAGGACCGCGGGGCGGCGGCGGAGCGCGAGCGCAAGCGCGACCGCGAGCGCGACCGCCAGAGGCACGCCCGCGACGACGACGACGAAGACGGCGGCGCGAGGAAUAGCCGGGCGGACGACCGCCGCGGCAAGGCCGGUGGCCAGGAGUAA